AUGACCACCUGCAGCCGCCAGUUUACCUCCUCCAGCUCCAUGAAGGGCUCCUGCGGCAUCGGCGGCGGCUCCGGCCGCAUCUCCUCCGUCCUGGCCGGAGGAUCCUGCCGGGUUCCCAGCACCUACGGGGGCCUGUCGGUCUCCUCCUCCCACUUCUCCUCCGGGGGCGCCUGCAGGAUUGGGGGCGGCUAUGGCGGCGGCUUCAGCAGCAGCAGCUUUGGUGGGGCCCUGGGUGGCGGCUUUGGUGGGGGAUAUGGUGGUGGCCUGGGUGCCGGCUUCGGCGGUGGCUUUGUUGGGGGUUUUGGAGGAGACUUUGGUGGUGUCGAUGGCGGCCUCCUCUCCGGCAACGAGAAGAUCACCAUGCAGAACCUCAACGACCGCCUGGCCUCCUACCUGGACAAGGUGCGCGCCCUGGAGGAGGCCAACACCAACCUGGAGGUGAAGAUCCGUGACUGGUACCAGAGGCAGCGGCCCAGCGAGACCAGGGACUACAGCCCCUACUUCAACACCAUCGAGGACCUGCGGAACAAGAUCAUCAUGGCCACUGUCGAGAACUCUCAGCCCACUCUGCAGAUCGACAACGCCAGGCUGGCAGCCGACGACUUCAGGACCAAGUACGAGCAUGAGUUAGCCCUGCGCCAGGGCGUAGAGGCCGACAUCAACGGCCUGCGCAGGGUGCUGGACGAGCUGACCCUGAGCAGAAGCGACCUUGAGAUGCAGAUUGAGAGCCUCAAGGAGGAGCUGGCCUACCUGAGGAAGAACCACGAGGAGGAUAUGCGUGCCCUCCGGGGUCAGAGCGGCGGGGACGUCAGUGUGGAGAUGGACGCGGCUCCCGGCAGGGACCUGAGCUCUAUCCUGAACAGGAUGCGCGACGAGUAUGAGCAGCUGGCAGAGAAGAACCGCAGGGACGCGGAGGCCUGGUUCCUGAGCAAGACCGAGGAGCUGAACAGAGAAGUGGCCUCUAACAGCGAACUGGUGCAGAGUGGCCGCAGUGAGGUGACCGAGCUCCGGAGGGUGCUGCAGGGCCUGGAGAUCGAGCUGCAGUCUCUGCUCAGCAUGAGAGCAUCCCUGGAGAACAGCUUGGACGAGACCAAAGGCCGCUACUGUAUGCAGCUGGCCCAGAUCCAGGGGCUGAUCGGCAGCGUGGAGGAGCAGCUGGCCCAGCUGCGCUGCGAGAUGGAGCAGCAGAGCCAGGAAUACAAGAUCCUGCUGGACGUGAAGACGCGGCUGGAGCAGGAGAUCACCACCUACCGCCGCCUGCUGGAGGGCGAGGACGCCCACCUGACCCAGUAUAAGUCCAAAGAACCCGUGACCACCCGCCAGGUGCGCACCAUCGUGGAGGAGGUGCAGGAUGGCAGGGUGAUCUCCUCCCGCGAGCAGGUGCACCAGACCACCCACUGA